AUGUUGGUGGACACCACUCCGCAAGCAGCAAACCUCACUCUUGAGGAACUACAACUGACCGAGAGCAACGACGCGGCUGUCUUCCCCCAUGGAAAGGAUGGGGCUGAUCAGCCGGAUCUCACACCGCGAACGCUUAUGUCUCUGCCUCAAGAACUCCGAGACAUGAUUUGGGCCCAAGUUCUCGAUCCGAUUCCCGAAACGACUUUGCCGCCUUCCACGCGCACACCCCUUCCCCCCAUGAUUUUGACUAGCCGACCCCCGGCUCUCGCCCAUGUUUGUCGAGAUUCGCGCGCCUUCGCCCAAGAACGAUACAAAGCAGCCCAUGGCUCUCGCAAGACCACAUCCACCUCAAGCAAGUUGGAGGCUGAGAGCCGCCGAGGAUUGGAAUGGGUCUCUCGAUCGACUAUAGGGGUCUUGCACACAUGCGACGCGUAUACCACUUUGAUGGGCUUAGAGGGCCGUUUUGUUAUAGUUCAUGAUCCAGCCUACAUCAUCUCUGCCGAAGCCAAGGAUCAACUCGCUCAGUUCCUCUCCGGAGUCCAAGAUUUCCAGAUCAUGAUGUGCAUGGGUUACGAGGCGGCUACGUUCAAGUUGCCAUGGGGCUGGGCGUUGGGUACUGGACGUAACUCCAGUCAGUUCGUCGAUAUCCGGGACCUAGCUGUCUUGCGAGAGUUGAUCCGUGAGCUGGAAGGCUUGGUGUGGGUGGGAGAAGAGGAUGUGUGCGGAAUUACACGGCUGCGCGACCUGGUGGGAAACGCCAAUAAACGGGAAGAGUUUUGUGCGUUGUCCUUGGAACGGUUCAAAGCAUUUUGGAAUGCGCUCAACACCGGCACGGAUAGUAACGGUGAGGUCCGGUUGAAGAGACGCAUGCCCAAAAUCGGAACAGUUCUUCAGUUUCUCAUCAUGGAUGAGCCGGGGCCGGGGCCGGGGGUUUAGACAUCAAAAAAGCGCUUCUAACCCUGACGAGUAGCUGGAGAUCGGAUGACCUAGAGGACAUCCAGCCCUUCUCAGCAAAGGUUCACAUUACCUCCUUCCCCACUGUCACCGGAAUAAAGGUUCCAUUUUCAAUGGUUGAGCUGUUUUGUUCCUUCAUUCACAACCACUAUCAGUGACUACCUACCUCUGAGAAAUUUUUGUGGUGUUUGAAGCACGUGUGCAGACCGCCUGCUCUUGCCCUGCAGGCCAGCCUUGCUCC